UUUCAUAUUCAACAAAAAUAUCCAUCAUUAUGUUCAUUAUUUUUAAUGAACAAUAAAUUAAAUAAUAGAAUUUUUGAGCGAAGUUUUUCAACAUCAUCAUCAGCUAGAAAUAAUGAUGAUAAAUCAAAAUCUUCAUCUGAAAAAGGACCAAAAGAUCCAGAUCAAGAUCAACGACAAAAUGCAAAUGAUCAACGAGCUGCUGUUAUAAAACUUUUUUUACUAACAGCAUUUAUUUAUGGUUUAUUUGUGUAUCCAUUAAGAAGACUUGGUGGUAGUGAUACAGGAGAAACAGUAACACCAUUUAUAUCUUGGAAUGAAUUUGUUCAUCAAAUGUUAGCAAAAGGUGAAGUACAAGAAAUAAUUGUUAAACCAGAAAUGGAUUGGGUAACAGUUGUACUUUAUGAGGGUGCUGUUGUAAAAGGUAAUAAAACAAAAAUGCGUGUGUAUCAUAUGAUUGUUGCUGAUGCUACAAAAUUAGAAGAAAAAUUACGUGAAGCUGAACAUUCACUUGGUGUUAAAGAAGGUCAUGGUGUACCAAUUGUUUAUGAUAGAGGUACUGGUAUGUUUGAAAUUGGUUUUAUGAUUGCAGCAGUUGGUUAUUUAUUAUUUAUGAUGAUAAAAAAUAAAGGUACAUCAAAAUUUUUACCAAAAGAUUUAUUUGGUAGUAUGACACGUGCAAAAUAUACAUUAGUUGAUCCAUUAACUGGUGGUAGUAGAGGUGUUAAAUUUUCUGAUGUUGCUGGUCUUAAAGAAGCUAAAAUUGAAGUUAUGGAAGUUGUUGAUUAUUUAAAACGUCCAGAACAUUAUAAAACACUUGGUGCAAAAGUACCAAAAGGUGCAUUAUUAUUAGGUCCACCUGGUUGUGGUAAAACAAUGUUAGCAAAAGCUGUUGCAACUGAAGCAAAUGUACCAUUUUUAUCAAUGAAUGGAUCAGAAUUUAUUGAAAUGAUUGGUGGUCUUGGAGCAGCAAGAGUAAGAAAUUUAUUUGCAGAAUGUCGUAAACGUUCACCAAGUAUAUUAUAUAUUGAUGAAAUUGAUGCUAUUGGAAAAAAAAGAUCUGGUUCUGGUUCUAGUUCAGAUGCAACAUCAAGUCGUGGUACAAGUGAAUCAGAACAAACAUUAAAUCAAUUACUUGUUGAAAUGGAUGGUAUGGCAUCAAAAGAUGGUGUUAUUGUUAUUGCAUCAACAAAUCGUGCUGAAGUAUUAGAUAAAGCUUUAUUACGUCCUGGUAGAUUUGAUAGACAUAUUUUAAUUGAUUUACCAACAUUACAAGAAAGAAAAGAAAUAUUUGAACGUCAUUUAAAAUCAAUAAUAUUAGAUAAAAAACCAGAAAAUUAUUCACCAAGAUUAGCACAAUUAACACCUGGUUUUAGUGGUGCUGAUAUUGCAAAUAUAUGUAAUGAAGCUGCACUUCAUGCUGCUAGAUUUGUUAAAAAAUCAGUUGAUAGUAAUGAUUUAAGUUAUGCUAUUGAUAGAGUAUUAUGUGGACCAGAAAAAAAAGAUCAUGGUGUAUCACCAACUGAAAAAAAAAUUGUUGCAUAUCAUGAAGCUGGUCAUGCACUUGUUGCUUGGUUAUUAGAAGAAACUGAUGCAUUACUUAAAGUUACAAUAAAACCAAGAACAAGAGGUGCAUUAGGUUUUGCACAAUAUACACCAACUGAACGUAAAAAUUAUAGUAAAGAAUUAUUAAUUGAAACAAUGUGUACAGCACUUGGUGGUAGAGCUGCUGAAAAUAUUAUAUUUAAAAGAUGCACAACUGGUGCACAAAGUGAUUUAGAUAGAGUUACUAAAAUUGCAUAUGCAUUAGUAAGACAAUUUGGUAUGAGUAAAGAAGUUGGUUUAUUAUCAUUUACUGAAGAAGAAACAAGUUUAUCACAAAAAAAACCAUUUAGUAAAAAAUUAAAAAAUAUCAUGGAUGCUGAAGUAAGACAAAUUGUAGGUGCUGCAUAUAGAAGAACUGAAAAAAUUCUCAAUGAUAAUUUGGAUAAAUUAGAAAUGAUUGCUGAAGCACUUUUAAAACAAGAAACACUUACGUAUGAAGAAGUUGAAGCAAUGAUUGGUCCACCACCAUUUGGACAAAAAAAGAAGGUUGAUUUUAUUGAUAUUGAUGUACCUGUUGCUGUAUCAGUUGAAACAACAUCAGAUCCAUCAUCAUCAUCAUCAUCUAACUCAUAAAUACUUUGUAAUUAUAUAAGUUUUUAUCUUUUUUUUGUUUUUGUACAGUCAAAAAUUAAAACAUUAAAUAGAUAAUAUUUAAAUAAAUCAUAUAUAUAUUGUGCAAAUUUUUUCAAAUGAUAUUUUUAUUUUUGAACAAAAUUAAGUAAGAAUACAGAGAAUACAUUUAAUAUAUUAUCAUCAUUUAUAAAAAACAAGAACAACCAUGUAUUUAUUUUGUUUUAAUACAAAAUAUUUAUGAUAAAUAUAUAUUAGAUUAUUAUAUUAAACUAAAGAAAAAAUAAGAAUGAUAUUUUUAAAUAGGAAUCACAUUGAUUAAUAUUUAUAUAACAUUUGAGGAAGUUUGUUACAUUUGAUCGCAAUAACUUAUUAUAAAUAUAAUAAUGCGUAGAAAAAUCUUCCAACUAAAAAUAUUUAUUUAGAUAUAUAUCUAUCUACUCAUUUCGAGCAACAAAGAAAUAUAAUAAUAGUAACAUGAAAAAAACAAAAAAAAAAAAAGAAUGUAUGUUGUACUAUAGUUUAGUUUGGGCUGUCAAAAUUAUUGACAUCGCCCUAAGCGUACGACACUAGAUGUUGAUGAGAUAUACAUAAUUGACAACAUCAAUUUAAUUGAAUGUAUCAAUAACUCAUUUAUUAGAAUACUAUGAUAAUUAGUAUGAUAAUUUUUUUUUUAAUUCGCUUCAUAAUUAUUUGCGAUAGUCUAAUGUUAAAUACUGUUACUACCCGAUAUAUUUUAUUUAAAUAUAAUUAAAUACCUAAAACGAGAUAAUUAUUAUCACUGAAAAAAUCACUCAGAAGAAUGAAAAUUUGACCAAUUGAAUAUCUUUUUUUUUUUUUUUUUGUUUAUUGAUAAACAAACUGUUGUUUUUAAAAGCAUGAAAAAAAUAAAAAAAAAAGGAGAGUUUUGUCUUUUUAUAAUAAAAAAUAAAACGGUCAUUUUUUCAAACUUCUUGACUAAAUUAUUGUUAUAAAACAUUAAUAACCCUUAAACUGGCUUAGAAAAAAAUAAUUUAAAAAAAAAGAAUAACUGGACAAUUGUUUAGUGCAGCUUUUUUUCUUUAGCCAGAAAAAUUAGAACACAUAAAAUUG